AUGUUCCAGUCUCUUCCAGCAACCUUCCAGCGCUACCACUUUGUCGCAUUCUGGAUUCAACCCCAAUCGCUUACAAUGGCGACUACGGCUGCUCCAUCGGAGCUGCGGAAGCGGCAACAAUACCGCGACGACACUGCCAACUCCCAACGCACACCGGCAGCCUCUGAACUCGGCGAUCCUUCCACGCCCACCGACCUCGACCCUGAUGAUGCCAAUGCCAAACCCCAAAAGAUGUACGGCAGGACGCCGGAUGGAACCAUCUUCAUCGUUCCCACUACCCACGACAUGGUUUCACAGCUUCUUGACCCCCGCCAGCCAAAGAACCUUUCGGAUCUCGCCGUCAUCGCAAUCCUCGCCCUCCAUAUUCUCGCUGCAUACAUGCUACCCGCCACCUGGAAGAAGCCCGUCUUCGCCAUCAUCUUCCUCUUCUGGCGCUCCUCGUACAACGUUGGAAUCGGUGUCCUUCUACACAUCCAAUCCAACUACAACCGAAUCGUCUCCUGGGCCAUCCGCUGGAAGCUCUUUGAGAACCCCAAGUCUGGCAACAACCCGCGGCCAUGGCUCUACAAGCUCUUGAAAACGGAGCUCGAGGCAAAGAUCCCGGAAGACUACGAGUUUGAAAAGGCCCCCAUUGAGUACAAUACUUGGCUGGUUUUUCGACGGGUCGUAGACUUGAUUCUCAUGUGUGAUUUUACGUCAUAUUGUCUCUUUGCCAUUGUCUGCGGCCACACGCCCGAAGCCGAAAGCUUGCUCAUCGGCAUCACGCGCUGGACUAUCGGCAUUGCUCUGAUUGGCUUCAAUCUAUGGGUGAAACUCGACGCCCACAGAGUUGUAAAGGACUUCGCCUGGUACUGGGGCGACUUUUUCUAUCUCAUUGACCAAGAUCUGACCUUUGACGGCGUAUUCGAGAUGGCUCCUCAUCCCAUGUAUUCGAUCGGGUAUGCUGGCUACUACGGCAUCUCAAUGAUGGCUGCUAGCUAUGAAGUACUCUUCAUUUCCAUCGCCGCCCAUGCCGCCCAGUUCGCCUUCCUUGUCAUUGUCGAGAACCCGCACAUUGAAAAGACCUACAACCCGCCACCUCCGCGUAAUACGCCGGUUUCCUUAGAAGAUGCGGGCACAAAACUGACGCCCGGACAAUCCACCGCACAGUCAUCACCCGAUGGUUCCAUCUUGGUCUCGCCAAAGGAUUCCCCAGACGCGGUGUAUAACCUUGUUGGAUUCGCAAAUAUGGAUCUAUUCCGCGUCCCCGACUUUGCUGUGGUGCUAAUGCCUGGAUAUGUGGCGACCCUUGCGCUGGCAACGUCUGCCACUCCCUUUUGGCAGGCCAUGUUCGUCGGACAUGCUCUGCUCUGGCGAAUUUGGUACCACGUCGGUCUCGGCAUUCUUCUCGAUGAGCAAUCCAAAUCUAAAUUCUGGACGCGCCAUUUUCUCAAGUACGGCGAGACGGCCCAGGAGGCUUGGCGCCAAUGGAAGGGCAUGCAUCAUAUCAGCAUGAUCAUGUCAAACGCUUCAUUCAUUGCCGCAUGCUGGAAGAUGUAUUCUUUCCCUGCCGAUUGGGGCUACGGGCUGGUGCUGCUCAAGCAUGUUAUCGGUGCUAGUCUGAUUGCGCUGCAGCUUUGGUCCGCUUUCAGCGUCUACGAUUCCCUUGGCGAGUUUGGCUGGUUCUGCGGUGAUUAUUUCUUCGACCACCGGGCAAAGCUGACGUAUACUUCCAUCUACCGCUUCGUCAACAAUCCAGAGCGCGUUUUCGGUAUUGCGGGACUGUGGGGUGCUGCACUCAUCACCUGGAGUCGUGCCAUCUUCCUCAUGGCUCUUACGGCUCAGCUGAUGACGAUUUGGUUCAUCUCGUAUGUGGAGCGUCCUCAUAUGCAAAAGAUUUACGGUAGACGUCUCCGAAGUGAAGCUGGCUUGACCAAGUUUAUCAAGCGCUCGCUGCCGCCUCCCGUCAAGACACUACAGGAGAGUAUGGACAAGGUUUUGGACGACACGACUCAGUUCGUUGAGGACUUUAUCGACACAGCGCGGCCCAAGUUUGCUUCAGGUGUCAAGACUAUUGUCCGCGAUACUUCGGCCAUUUUUAACAUUGCACCUGCCAGGCUGACGCUCACGCGCAUCUCGGCGGAUGUCGAGGGCCUAGAUCCCAAGCAAUUCUCUCUCAAGGUUGAUGGUCAGCAUUCCACAUUGACGUCGCUUCACGAGCGAGCGACCGGAAAAGAGGGUCUUAGUGGCAGGUUCCCCAAGGAAGUCAAGACGAUGACUUUUGAAUACGGCGCCCCUCUGCGGGUGAAAUGGACGGCGCCAGCCAACCAUAGUGGCAAAGACUGGAUUGGUCUGUAUAUGGUGAGCGACAAUCGAUCGAGGGACAAGACUGAGGUGUCAUCGUUGGGGCGGUGGGUGCCGACAAACGCGAGCAGCUACGACAACCCAAGCUUGGAGGCCACUGUUAUUGUUCCCCAGCACCCGGUUCCUGGCGAAAACGGUGAUGAUGACGGUGUUGGUGGUGAAGUCAUUUUCGAAAGUGACAGGCUUUGGUGGACGCAGGGUGUGUUCGAAUUCCGCUACCACCACGAUGGGCAUCACAAAGUCAUGGCAAUCUCGGAGCCUUUUGAGAUUGCACUAGGCAAAUUUGAUGAGGAGGAUGUGGACGUGGACGCCAAGGGAAUGUACGCCAGUGCUGUUGAGUCGCUGCUAUUACCAGUGGUGCGCAACUGUCUGGACCGUGACCCGAAGAUUGCUCCCAAGGACGAAACAGAAGUGUUUGGCAGUCCGGUUGAAAGAGAUGGAAAAUACGCAAAGAGAAUUGUUUAUGCUGUGCGAGAAAUGUUUGGUAUUGAGUUUGCACCGGCGGUUGUGCUUGCGGAUCGCAAUGUGCGUAAGCUGGCGUGGCGAAUUUGCAACGCAAAGCAGGUUCUGGCGCCUUACAGUUUGUCGCGAUCAAGAGGCACUACAACGCCUAUCGAGUGA